AUGAGCAACCUCAGAAGAAAGCCCAAUAAGCCUAUCCCAUCCUUAGCUUCUCCUUCCGUGGACACUUCUCCCUUACAGGACCAGCUAUUAGAUGAACAGAAACAAGAGAUCUACGAAGCGUUUUCUCUCUUCGAUAUGAACAAUGACGGAUACUUAGAUUACCAUGAAUUGAAGGUUGCUAUGAGAGCCUUGGGAUUUGACCUUCCAAAGAGAGAAAUAUUAGAUCUAAUCGACCAAUAUGACCGUGAUGGACGCCAUCUGAUGCAAUACGAAGAUUUCUACCUGAUCAUGGGAGAACGAAUAGUAAACAGAGACCCGGUAGACGAAAUUCGUCGAGCAUUCAAGCUUUUCGACGACGACCACACAGGAAAGAUUAGUCUUAAGAACUUAAGGCGAGUAGCCAAAGAAUUGGGUGAGAACCUCACUGACGAAGAACUACGGGCCAUGAUUGAGGAAUUUGACCUCGACGGAGACGGAGAAAUUGACGAGCAAGAGUUUAUAGCCAUCUGCACCGACAGCUAG